GGAAAAGGAGGGGAGGGAGGAGAGAGCAGGGGGCUGAGCUGAUCCCACGUGUGACGCUGUCGUUCCCGGCUCAGUAAUAUUCUCAUAGCGGGGCUUUGCAUAUCUCCUGCCCGUCUGUGUGUCUGUCACUGUCACUGUUCCUGUAGUCCCAGCCGAUAGUUAGGAAUAGCUAUGGAAGGAGACGGGAGUCAAGGCACAUCCGGAAGCCUAAGCGACUCACAACAUGACCCGGGUAAAAUGUUUAUCGGUGGCCUCAGCUGGCAAACCUCACCAGACAGCCUUAGAGACUAUUUUAGUAAAUUUGGAGAAAUAAGAGAAUGUAUGGUGAUGCGAGACCCCACGACGAAACGCUCAAGAGGAUUUGGGUUUGUGACAUUUACAGAUGCUGCCAGCGUAGAAAAAGUCUUAGCUCAGCAACACCACGAAUUAGACUCCAAGACGAUUGAUCCUAAGGUUGCCUUUCCACGUCGCGCCCAGCCUAAGAUGGUCACAAGAACGAAGAAAAUAUUCGUGGGUGGCCUUUCAGCCAAUACAGUAGUGGAAGAUGUGAAGCAGUAUUUUGAACAGUUUGGGAAGGUUGAUGACGCCAUGCUUAUGUUUGAUAAGACUACAAACAGACAUAGAGGAUUUGGUUUCAUAACUUUUGACAGUGAAGACAUCGUUGAGAAAGUCUGUGAAAUUCAUUUUCAUGAAAUCAAUAAUAAAAUGGUAGAAUGUAAGAAGGCCCAGCCCAAGGAGGUGAUGUUCCCUCCUGGAACACGAGGGCGAGCCAGGGGUCUGCCCUACACCAUGGAUGCCUUCAUGCUAGGGAUGGGCAUGCUGAGUUACCCCAAUAUCGUGGCUACGUAUGGCCGUGGAUACACUGGAUUCGCACCCAGCUACAGCUACCAGUUCCCUGGCUUCCCAGCGACAGCAUACGGACCGGUGGCGGCGGCGGCGGUCGUAGCAGCGCGUGGCUCAGGUAGGGGGGCCCGUGGAAGAGGCGGCUACUUGGCGUACCCACAGAGCACAGGGCCAGGCCUCCCCGAUUAUGGGUUUUACUCGGCACCCGGUGACCAAAGGGGGGGCCCCUGCUCCUUUGCUGACUAUGCCUCCCUGGGGCCCCAGGCGGCUCAGAUGCUGCACAGUGAGCAUGCCACCUCCGCCUGCAACUCCCCCCUCCAGCACCUACACAGCCCGGAUCAGUUUAAGAACCCAGUUGCCAACCAGUCAAGACCCGGAGGUUUCCACGGCACCAACAGCCCAGGGCCUGUGGCCGACCUUUACGGACCCAGCAGCCAGGAUUCGGCUGUGGGCAACUACAUCAGCGCCGCCAGCCCUCAGCCUGGUUCCGGGUUCGGCCCCAGUAUCACCGGCGACGCAGUUCAGCAGCGGUGUCAUGAAGAGACGGUCCGCCCCCCCUUUCCACCCCCCAAGUGUGUCAAAGGUAUGCUUCGGACGCUAUGGCUAUGCAUAUUCAUGAUUGCAAGACACACGUGCCUCAGCAUUUAUUAAAGGUAAUUAUAAGCUGCGUAGAGAUGCCAGCAUGCUUAAUUGGCAAUUACAGGUAUCGGUGAAAAUGACGGGACGUCAUCCGAAAUAAUCACGCUGCAUUUAUACCUUAAAAAUGACUGGGAAAGACGCCAUUGUAGGAAUUGCUAUGUAUACUGAGUAACGUUCAUUCGACUUGAUUUUAUGUGAAUCACAAAAUUAUCUCUCCUCCCAGGCCUGUAAUGGUUGUUCCUCAUCGGCAGCGGAACAUUUUUUUGACAGGGCUGUGUAAUGGAGUCCAUGGCUGCUUGCUUGAGUGAGUGAGUGAGUGAGUGAGUGAGUGAGUGAGUGAGUGAGUGAGUGAGUGAGUGAGUGAGUGAGUGAGUGAGUGAGUGAGUGAGUGAGUGAGUGAGUGAGUGAGUGAGUGAGUGAGUGAGUGAGUGAGUGAGUGAGUGAGUGAGUGAGUGAGUGAGUGAGUGAGUGAGUGAGUGAGUGAGUGAGUGCGUGCGUGCGUGCGUGCGUGCGUGCGUGCGUGCGUGCGUGCGUGCGUGCGUGCGUGCGUGCGUGCGUGCGUGCGUGAGUGAGUGAGUGAGUGAGUGAGUGAGUGAGUGAGUGAGUGAGUGAGUGAGUGAGUGAGUGAGUGAGUGAGUGAGUGAGUGAGUGAGUGAGUGAGUGAGUGAGUGAGUGAGUGAGUGAGUGAGUGAGUGAGUGAGUGAGUGAGUGAGUGCGCGUGCGUGCGCGUGCGCGUGCGUGAUGAGACACUCAGGUGGCGGCUGCCUCCCAGAAUGCACCUCUAAUGCGGAGGCCACCGUGCAAAUUGACGUGACAUUGAUGGGCACUCUCUCACCGGCGCCCGCACAGCCACUCCAUUUGCUAAUAAUUGCUGAUUAAAAACCACUUAAGAGUCCAUGACAACUCGAAUGUGCAUUAACCACAUGACCUUGUGCCAAUCGUCACACGCAUGCCGCUUCUCAUAAAAAAGUAAAGGUAUGGGGAAGCAACACCAACAAAUGCCGUUCACUUUAUCAACUUUAGAAAGUGAGAACAUUCCAUGGAUUGUUGUAGAACCUUUGGAAUAAUGUUGUACGGGGGUUGCCUUGAGAUAUCAGUUAGGUAGCAGAAGUUCUAGCUAAUAUGCAUCCUGGCUCCUUUUCAUGUUGCUCAAAGAAUCAUCUCGAGUCAGGUGACCGCCGUUCAUCCUCAAAAGCAAAAACGUUACGUGAGCAUUGCCGUUGCUUCUUAUCAAACAGAAGGUCAUUUGUGUGAGGCCAUUUGCUACAAUAUCUGCUGGUGUAAAAUACACAGCGGGGAUGCAGUUUCAUUUUUCAGACAAGGACACAUUCAAGGUCAACCGCAGCAUCCCUCACAACACGAGCUAGAAUUCAACCCCAUAGCAAAGCAAUAAUGGACAUGGCAUUGUUGAAGUGGUGAUGUGUUUGUGUGUGUUUCAUACAGUACAUGGCCUUAUCAAUCCUUGCACAACACAAAACAAUUUGCUCAUGUUUCUCCAAUGAAUAGCUGUGCCCUCCUUUCCUCCACAUUGAGCGAUAAAUGUAUGCACAAUUUCAGAAACACAAUCAGUGCACUGAAUGGAAGCGCACAUUUUCUGUAGGAAAAAAAAACCCCUCAUUGUUGUUCUCGAGCUAUGCAAAAAUAGUCAAUGGGCCAUAUCACACAAAGUGAAACACACGUUAACACUCGCCGCGUCUCGCUCGCUCUUUCCCCCAUGCAAGCCCACCAAGCACAAAGCUGAAUUCCACCAGGCAGCAAACAAUGUGUGCAAGCACAAUGUUGACUCGGUCCAGUCCGUGUCUCUUGUAGUUAUUGGAUAUUGAUUUCACUUAGAAUGUCAAAAACAUUCAAAAUAAAAAUGUCUUUUCUUUCCCUGCCAAGCAGUCCAUUUUGCCACAUCCUUAGGCCAUCUGACACAGUAGCAGAUAUUUUGCCCCCAUUGUGGAUUAUGUUUGUUUUGCCAUAUAGAUUUAUUUCCUACUCUGAAAUGAAUAAAUUCAUCAAGUCCAUGCUAUGAAUAUUAGAAACACAAUUUUUCAUUCCAAUAACCUAUCAAUUGGAAUGUGAAAUACCUCUAGAAAUCCAAACAAGGCUGAGCCCAAAAUGAAAUACCAACCAACAUAAAGGCAAAUGUUUUUUAAUCAUCCUUUGUCAAAUUUUACACAUCCAAAAACAGAACAAAAAUGUUAACAUUGCAACACAUGCAGUCCUGUAUUGUAUGACUUUCUCAGUUUAACAUCACAGCCCUAUCUUACUUUGGAAUGGCAAAUAAUAUUCACUCCUCAGCCGAUCAUACUUGGAUUUGAGAGACAGAGGCGAUGAAGUCCACGGGAAGACUUUCUCUAACUUCUUGCAUUUUCCUUCUGGCCCGUUGAAACGCCUCUGGCAGAGUCAAAGAGCAGCCGCAUCAUCAAAAUGUAGUCAUAGAUUGUGAUAACAUAUUAGUCCAGUUCCUCUGAGAAGAGUCUUCGGCUUACCCAUGGUGCUUAAGAGAGUAUCACGGUGAUGGAAUCCUUGGGCCUGGUCAAAAGUGUUCUGCCACCUUCUCCUUGCUGCAGUGGAAUUGGCAAAAUCUCUAGAGGAUGUGACAGAGCGAUGUGGCAAACCGAUGAAGACAAGUUUCCAUUACAAAUCUGUAAGCUAAGCAAUUACCUCGACUGCUGAAUGCAGUGAAAACGAAAAGUCACACUCCCCGAGGUUUGUGUACAAAAUCCAAAGCGACUGAGCCUGUCCCCCUGCCGUCAGAAAAGGAAAUAAACGACGUUAAGACACGCACACCUGGUCCUGGUUUGUGCAGACAUUUUGGGGUUUACCUUAAAAUGGCCUGGUACCCUCACGUAGCUCAGGUCCUCCAGUUCCGGGGAACCUCCGAUAAAGAAGCGCCUCAUGGCCGAGGCCGUGCCCGUCUGAAGGGGUCUCCACGUGUGACGCGUCAAGGUGUGCAGUCCUACAAAUUACACAAACUUGAACGCGGCGUACACGUGUUUUUCGCGGCGGGCUCGUCGCUGCCACCGUGGCAACAUUCACACGCAACUUUAAUAGGACAGGGGUUGCCGGCAGUGUUGAACAGCUUUGCCCCCUGCCAGUAAAGCCGCCGGAAGGACGAGGAGAGGCAAUAGAUUGGAUACUACUUUGAUAUGAUCAAUCUAAUAUAACUUUGUCAGCUGUCUGCCUCCCUAUCGAGUUGUCACGUUUGGCAGCGACAUACCAGGCGUGGAGGGAAAGAGCAGGUAGCCAUAGCCUUCGGUUCGAUAUCGCCACCAGGAGUCCAGUGAGAGAACCUUGAAAUACAACACUGGCCACCGGGGUCCGGAUUCUGCAACAACAGCAAAU